AUGCGAUUCGACUCGCCGCAUUGGGCUCCUGGUCAGCUCCCCAUCGACCGCGGCAAUUCCCCUCCACGGAAACCCCAGUCCCCACCUACCCUCCUCAUUCCCGAGAACAGUCCCAACAAUCGGCCGAUGUACCACCAGGAUCCGCCCGUGAUCAACGCGCCCGACGGCGAUGGGGGAUUCAUGUCGACGGGCCCCCAGCUGCACAUUGUGCCGGCGACGCCUGUGAGCGGCGGAGGGGCA